CUUUUCUUUAGGAUGGAAUGUUUUUAAUGUGUCCAUUGGAUGGGGAAAGCAAACAUCAGCACAAGGACUCAGUAAGCUGCAGGAGAUCCUGUCAAUGGGUUUCCAGAACAAGUUCUACAACGCCACUGCUAUAGCUCCUGAUUCAGCAUCAGCAGGUGGGCAGAAUGAGUACAGGAUCAAUGUGUCCAGUGACACGCCGCACUGGUAUGUCAUGGACUAUCUGACCCGAGUCAGUCAGUACUACAGCAUCCGUUCAGCCUUUGUGGAUGACCUUGAUGAAUGUAAGACAAAUGAGGCUCCGUGUUCAAAAACAGCCCAGUGUGUCAACACCUAUGGGGGCUACAGGUGUGUGUGCAAUGGCACUGAUCUAAAGGAAGAAUCACAGUCAUGCAUAUUAGACUGGAACAACAUUAACCGCACAGUCGUGUCAGGUGCUCAGACUAUGGAUAAGAAAUCACUAAUUUUGGGGCUGGUUCUGGGCAUUGGUAUCCCCCUCCUGUUGCUGCUGUUGCUGGCGGCCCUCGCCUGCUUCUGCUGCUGCUCACGCAAGAAAACCAUCUCUGGGGAUAUUCCACAUCGGUUGCCCGAGUACAUUCAGGAGCAGUACAACCCUCCGUUCAACUUUGAAGACCCGUCUCUGCACUACAUCACCCACGUCAGCCCGCGUAUCCUUGAUAACCUCACACCUCAGCAGAAGCGCCGUAUUCCUCAUCGGCUGCCCGAGUACAUUCAGGAGCAGUUUAACCCUCCGUUCAACUUUGAAGACCCGUCUCUGCACUACAUCACCCACGUCAGCCCGCGUAUCCUUGAUAACCUCACACCUCAGCAGAAGCGCCGGUAUCGAUAACACAGGCCCUGUGCGGUUCAUGCAGCAUCAGUGCAGAUGUACAUUUGUGUUUCAAAUUUAUCUCAAUACAAUACUAUUUAUAUUUAAAAGAGACUGCUGACUUUUAGUCAUGUGUGAAAGUGAAGUGAAUUGAGUGCCAGACACAUGCAAAAGAAACAUUGAGCGAUUGCCUCAGUUAUUUGA